AUGCUUUUGACAAAAAAUCAAACACAUUUAACUCUGAAUGGAAAUCAAGAUGGUGAUGAAGAAAGAUCAAAAGGAUAUGAAUGGAUUGCUCAUAUUACACAUAACUGUAAUUCCAAAGCUGAAAUUAGAACAUUUGAUGUUUUCGAUAGGAAACAGCUUGAUAAAAUUCCUCUCAAUCAAAAUACGAAAAUCAGUUUUUCGGUUGAUUUGACAGAUUUUGAGACUAGAUCUUUGUGGCCAAUUAUUCUUUAUGAGAAAAUUUGA